GCCAGAGUCCCUCGUGCUCCCUCCGAGAAGAACGGCGGGAUUACGGCUGCAGUAAUUGCGGCCGGAUUAACUCCCUGGAAACCGGCUGCAAUCGCAGCAGCUGCAAAUAUCCCCACAAUGUGGGAUAUGGAGCGGGGAGGGGGGCGCAUCCACCGCCCAGAUGCUGCGUCUACUGGGGGAGGGAAAACACAAAUAUAUAUCAUCCGCUGCUUUUGGGAAGGGCUGGGCCGGCGGGGAUCAGGCAGCCCCUCCUCUUCCUCCUCCCUCCUCCUCUUCCUCUCCCUCGCAGCCUCGCUCUGCUGUUCCCGCCAGCCGCAUUCCGCGGAGGGGGCGACAGGGGCGCAGAUCUCGCACUCCCCCCGUCCCCGUCCCCCCCCCCCCCCGCCGGUGCAAGCGAUGGGCGACAUCCCCGGCCUCGUGAAAAUCAGCGUCUCCCUCAAAAUCCAGCCCAACGACGGGGCGGUGUAUUUCAAGGUGGACGGGCAGCGCUUCGGCCAGAACCGCACCAUCAAGCUGCUGACCGGAGCCAAGUACAAGAUCGAGGUGGUCCUGCGGCCCGGCACCGUCCAGGCCACGACUAUGGGCAUCGGCGGUGUUAAUGUCCCACUGGAGGAGAAAUCAAGGGAUGCACAAGUGGUCUCUUACACAGGGAUCUACGACACAGAAGGGGUGCCCCAUACCAAGAGUGGGGAGAGACAGCCCAUCCAGGUCAACAUGCAGUUUAACGACAUUGGUGUUUUUGAAACAGUCUGGCAAGUCAAAUUCUACAACUACCACAAGCGGGAUCAUUGCCAAUGGGGUAACAGUUUUGGCUGCAUUGAGUACGAAUGCAAACCAAAUGAAACACGCAGUCUUAUGUGGAUCAAUAAAGAGACCUUCCGCUGAAGAGUCUAGCACUGGCUUAAAAUAAAAAGGGGAGAAUUCAGAUUCACACUGAAGAGAUGUGAAACCAGUACUGCUGGACAAUCUCCCUAAAGAGGAAUCUACCUUUUUAAACCAGCAAGAAGUCUUAACAAAGGCGUACUGUAACAUUGCUUUGUUCCGUAAGGUUCCAACAACUAUGUUGUAUAUACAGGUGGUGUCACUAAAAUCUUUGCCUAUUACUGUAUAUUAAGUUUACCAUGGCAACAUUCUUUACCUGUCAUCCUGAGAAUCCUGAAAGUUCAUGGUAAAGAAUAUUUGAUAGCUGGGUAGGAAGUCGUACCCUCGUAAUAGCGUCAUAAGUAUCUGGAUUAUUCCCACUAAAUGGUUUCAGUAGACAUAACUCUUGCAAAGUGUUUUGCUUUAUUGCUUAGAAAUUGGAUGCAACAUCACCUGGGUGAUUUCUGUAUUUGCAUUUGUGUUUGCUCCUAAAUUGGUGUGCUCCUUCAAGCAUUUUGUCGUACAUGUCAUCCCAGUGGACAGCAAAAUGUGCAAACUAUGGAUAUUUGUAGGUUUAGCUAAAUGGCAGCUAUUGCACUGUUGAUAUUGUGCUUUCAUACCAAGGAACUUGGAAACUCAUUCUUCCUUUUGGUAAGUGCUGUUACGAUAUUUUGUGAAGUUUGCUAAUUUACCAAAUGUCUCAAGAUAGGAUUCUUUGUUAAGUUUCACAGUCUCUGAAAUAGUUUUAGGAAACUGUAUAAAAUAUGCUAACCUGAAUGAAGGAAAAGCAAUAAACCAGCUAUGGUAUCAGACACCUAACAACAUGGCUAGUUUCUCUCUUAAGAUCAUACAGUAUAUUCCUGAAAGAUGCAGCAACCAUACUUUAUUUAGUUCUUAAAUUAAGAGUUCUGGUAGUAAUCUUCAUUUUUGUUUUAAACACACAUUGCUCAAACAGUUAAAUCCUACAGAUUGACUUUUUUCAAGCCUGGCCACUGCAUUAUACCCAAAAUCAACAGGAUUUCUGACCAACAAACACUUAACAGUGUGAAGAGCACAGAUCCCAUGCAUGUUUAUACAUGCACUGCAGUCUUUCAAAUAAAGAUAAGCAUGUAAGCAUUUGCAUGGUUAUGACUAAAGGUGCUACAUAAACACUAGAUCAGUGUUUAACACAUACAACAAAAAAUAAACGUAUCUUUUAUUUCAGUAAAUAAAAGCAGGGAAAAAAGUACACUCUCCCAUCCCCAACUUGGGCUGAAGCUGUCAGUUCUUGUACAUCUGUGAUUCCCUUUGUGAAUAAUUUGUAAAUUGUGUAUGUAAAUGGUUACCAUUACUUUUGAUCUUUGUAAUAAAGGACAUAAACAAUU